UCUAGGCCCAGCGUGUUGGUAAACACUCCAUAAAAUGGCCUCUUGGAGAAUCGAACUAUCAAAGCUGUUUUGAACUGUCAACCGCUGCAAUACUGUCUCAAUUCAUAACAUCUCUCGACUAUAGCAGUACAAUCAAUUUAUAUAUGCUACUUUUCGAUUCAGAGUACGAUUCACUCGAAUCUCAAUGGACAAUUUAGUCGAAUAUCUUAAAGAAUCUUAUGAUGUGAACGGUUUCCUUUGCUGCCUCGAUGGCCACUCGUUCUUCUCUUACUGGCUGCUGACCGAAGCAUGUCAUUGGCUCAGAACAUGGGGAAGAUCAGACGCAGGAAUCAAGUCUCUGCUGGAGAUGAAAUCCCAGGAUCCAGAUCUGUACUAUGUUUUCCUGGUAAUGGUGGCAAUGGACGUGAGUCCCAGCGAAUUCAGAAUGCUUGCAGAAAAACUUGUGCGGCAGCUGCAAGAUAAGGGAGCGAAUGAUAAAUAUGAUGCGGGGGUGAAAGCUGUGCUAAAAUUUAAAUCCCAAAAUCCGAAACGGUGCGCCGACUUCCUGCUCUCUUUGGCGAAGAAGGAAACAUUUCCGAACGCGUACAAGAGCUUUUGCCAGAAUCUUCUGGAGGGGCCGCUGAAUGAAGAAGGAAAUAAUAAAUGUGAAGAUCAAAUAAAAUGCAUAAAGAAAUACAGGUGGAAGUAUCCGGAUAAAUAUUACUAUCACCUCUUGUAUUUAUUCGCCGUGACCAUGACCCCUGAGAGACACAAAAGGAUUGCCCAGAUACUUACGAUAGUGGAAUAUCGGAAAAGAGAAUCUGAUCUUGGAAAUUCAUACUGGAACAUCUUUAAGAUCUUGUACUACUUCUUCGAAGUGUUGGUGAAAAGGUUUAUAACCAUCCGAUGAAUUAAACAAAAAGACAUUUAUUCUUUCAUGUGGAAAAAAAAUUGUAUAUUUCUUAAUAUAUUCAUGAAAUUACGUCAUUUAUU